AUGAGCGAAGACAGUCAGCCUUUUCAAAUUUCCGACACCAUGUCGUCCUUGUUCAACUUUGACUUUACUGAGACAGAAGAUAUCCAAAACUGGGCGGGAAUAGCGCCAACUAUGGAAGAUAUCGAAGCCGCUGCCGCCAUUCUCUUUUCCAACGACUACAACAACGAUGCGCAAACUGCAAGCGUCUCUUCUUUCCCAUCUGUCUCUCCUACACAAACAACUAAUCAGGGGACAAAGGAAACUCAAGAAUUUGCAAUGUCGGCAGAGAAGAAUAGCGAUUUAAUGGAGAUGUUAUUUACACAAAAGUUUUUUAACGAAGAUUCCUCUUCCAUCACAAGUAAUCAAGGAGUAAAGGAAUCAGUGACAGCGGCAGAGGACAACAAUUUUCUUGAUAUUUUACUUCCACAAGAAUUCCUUAAUGUGGCGAGUUCCUCAGAUAUAUUAAACCAAUAUCCGGAAACCGAGAUCAAUGGUGCAGCUGAAGGAGAGAGAUUGUUAACAGACGAUAGCUUGAUUUUUCCGAACGAAGACAUGUUGUAUGCGUUACCUUUUAUUAUGGAUACCAGCACAUCAACCUCUAUGGAUACGUCUACAUCUUUUUGUGAUAACGACUUUUCAACAAGCAUUACUACACCUUCUACGACUGGUAUUCUUGAUGAGUCUUUUCUGUCCAUCUUUGAUGAGUCAACCUCGACUAUGCAAGAUAAUACUACUCUAUUUGGCACUUCUCCCGCAAGUACUUCGUCAAUAUCCGACCUCGAACUUUUCUUGAGCACAUUUGGCGAAUCAACUUCUAAUAUAAGCGAUGCUGCACCAACCACUCAAAACUAUGAAUAUUAUUGCAAUUUUCCAUCGACUGUUUUUCCGAUCACGGCUACUUCGACAAUACCCGCGGUAACGCCCAUCAACUAUAUCACACCCGCGUCUUCCCAAACGACAUCGCCCGAGAAAAAAAGUUCCCUUGAAAUGAUGUCCAACACGAAAGUAAUAUCCUCGCCACCAAAAACACCAAAAACAAGAAAGAAUAAAUCUUUGACAACGGAUCAAGAAAACGGGCAACAAAAAAUCAGACACAAGAUCACAAAAAGGAAUCAAAUCGAGACUCCUCAACGUGAUGCAUUGGUUGACUCAUCAAUGAUACCACAGAACUUGAUGAAUGGAAAUUUAACCAUGGAACAGGUUCUGGAAAAAGAUCCGAAGCCGCGAAAGAAGAAGAAUAAAGCCACUCCGCAUCAAAAACACGCUAAUUUCAUUAAUGCUACCUUGCCAACUUCGAAUACCCAUGCCACGAUCAACACACCCACACCCAAACCUACACCGUGCACAACGACGAUAACUAAAAAACGUCGCAUGGAAGAGAACGAUGAUCUCCCCACAAAACCCGAUUACUCAUACGCGGCUAUGAUCGCUCAAGCGAUUCUUCAUUCUCCAGGAAAAAAGGCAACCCUGAAUCAAAUCUACACGUGGAUUUCUAAGAACUACCCAUAUUACAAACGAGAAGAAAAAUCAGGGACGGGAUGGGAGAACUCGAUACGACACAACUUAUCACUUAAUAAGGCAUUCCAAAGAUUGCCCAGAAUAGAAGGACAAUCAGGAAAAGGAUGCUAUUGGACCAUUCUCCCCAAUCACGAAAUGAUGAUUGAUAAUAACUGGUUCAAAGGACAUAAUCGAUCAACUAAAAGACAAUGCUUAUCCGCUAACGAGUCGAUAACACCAUCGAUAACCAAAAAAACUCCAUCGACACAGACAAUUCCCAUCGAGAUAAUUGACAUCACAGGAGAUGAUGACAAUGAUGAUUAUAAUGACGGUGGCGUUAAUACCGAAAGAAAACUACCAGAAAUUAUUGAGAUUGAUGACGAUAGUAAUGUAAGUCAAGCUAAAACCCAAGCUGAAUCUGUAUCUACGACAACUACUUCCACAUCUUCAUCCAGUAAGAAGAAUACGGGCAAAGAGCACUUCGACUAUGACACGUUUGAAAACCUCUUAUUACAGGCGUUAAAAUGUUGA